GCUAUUACAACUUGAUAUCCUUCUUUAAGAGCAACACAGGAAACUGUUCUUCGCUGACGACCCAUUUGACAGUAUUACCUUUCACCAAGACUGAAGACACAACAAGCGAAAGAACACUGUCUUUGGGUCUUCAGAGUCCAAACUUUUCACUCGUUGAAGCAGACCGUUACCCUCAAUCUCGCUCAGGAUGUAGAAACCCCCACCAAGAUUCAAAAGCUAUCCACAAUCUUCAAGUUACAGCCCAAAGACACCCAACGCGAAUCAACUGCUGAACGAAACAGGACUCGACGUAAUGGACCUGCCGGAGGUAGACCAAACACGCACCACGUGGAAAGUUUAUUUAGGCGAAAGAAGUCUGUGAAAGCGAAGAUUGCGAGCGAUCACCUGCUGCCAAUAUUUCAGCCCAUGAGUAUCGUAAAUGUGAACCCCAUCCAUUCGGUUGAUCGGAAGGAAUUCGACGGGAAAGCUCAAGGACGAUCUGGCUCAGACAUUCGACGCGCUGCCAGAAACUUUUCUAUUCGCCUAAAAGAUCGAAAGACCUCUAGAGCGGUUGCUACUCUUACAGAAAUCCUUCGCGCAUCAGCUCCAGCCAACUGUCAAGAGAACUCAGAGGAAAAAAGCGAGCCACUAAUUCUACGAAGCGGCGAUCAUAGCGGUACAUCCUCAGCAGCGGCCAGGAAAUCUUUCAAAGAUGUGACGGACCGGUUGACCAAGCCUGAACAAGCCAGUAGGAUUAUCGCCAUCUUGAAAACCCAGCCACAUCCAUCACUGAACGCUACAACAGCUUCUUCCCAUGUAAAUGUUCAAGGAGUUUGUCUCGUGACGCCAGAUGACAGAACAGGUUCGCAAAGCCUCUUGACGCUCCAAGCCAAUAGAUCUAGCGACGAAGCAACAAAAGCUAUGAUGUUGAGAUUGAAUCCCUCAAAUGGAAUCUUAAAUCUCGUCACUGGGAUGUCAUUGGGGACUGUUCUGGGUGUGAUGGCGCGUACUUCUGGUCUGUUUGACGCGUUAGCCACGUGCACCGGUGAAAUGAUUCAACACAGCGAGGCUCAUCAGAACCUGAUUGGAUUAGUGCCGACUGACAGAGUUAGCCUUUGGAAGUAUUGGUGGGGGUUUGAAAUCGCUUUGCCGCCACCGAGUAUAGCUAAUUUAGAGAAGACGAAAUCGAUCAGUGCCACCUUCCUCCAACUAUUGAUGGGACUCACGGUUGCAGGGGGGAUCGUGGAGCUCACCCCGUUCAUACAAUACUUGAGCUCAUACCUGGAUAUGGAGUGGAAAGCCAUCCUCAGUCAAAACAAAGGUCGCGGUGUGGUUCUAGCUGCCACCUGGGCCCUUCCUGUGGCAAUUGUGCCCCGGACAUGGGAUUUCGAUCAAGUCAUCCCCACAGACCCCUCUUAAAGUUACUCCGAUCAUACUUGAAGGCUGUGAUUUAUUCUUGCGUGCCGACUCUCAUCUGUGUUCACAUCAACUUCUGUCUUUACCAUUUUUUGUCCCUUUUGUAUCUUCUUGUUAGAGUUCUUGUUCUUGAGCAUUUUCUGUGAGGCUACAUCUGUCUUGUCAGCAUUGCAAGUUCGGGGUUUUGACUUCAGUGCACGC